UUUUGGCAAAUGUAACCUUGCACUAUUCCCCUGUAAUAAUAAAUGAAAUUGAAUUUCCAUCAAAAUUAGUUUUCUAUGAAUUCAAUCCUUACUACAUCCAUAGCUCUUCCUCAAGUAGUUCCAUGAAAUCUCAAUCGUUUUGAAUUGAAAUAAAGAUCUACACUUAAUCAAUUCUUAAAACAAUGUUUCACCGCCGUGGCUCGGUAAAAAGAAUUUCGAUUUCUAAGUUGUGUUACGUCCUGGCAAUUGGUGGAACGAUCUUUGUAUUCCUUCAACUUUACUUGGAUCUCAUCGAAAGAAAGUCUGCAGGAUAUUCUGCUUAUCGUCGCAUUAUUCGAAAAGAAGCUAUUUCUGAAGAUAGUGAGGGCGAUUUGUUGAACGUCAAUGAUGAAUUAUUAAUCGAGACGAGGAACACCAUUGCAUCUUAUUCAAAGCCAAUGAUACCGAUCGAAGAAGUAGUAGCAGCGAUAAUUUUGUGUGAAGCCGAUGAGACGAAACCUUACAAAGGUAGCAUCUCAUCAUUCGAGCAACACAUUGAUCGCGCAAAGUCGUUGUUGAAAUCAAUAGUAUUUCUUUCACAGCAGCACAUCAAACUCCAUGUACUAGUGAAUUCUAAUGAAGUGAUCAGAGGAAUUACUUCCGUGGUGGAGUUUUGGCCUCCACAACAACGCAAUAAAAUCGCUCUAAAGUUUAGAAAAGUUUCAUCUCAAUCGACGCUGGGAGUUGAGGAAAAAACGAGGGUGACGUGCGUCUCUAAGAAACUAAUUUUUGAAAAGAUGUACCCUGAGGAAGACGCAUUAAUCUACUUAGAUACGGACAUUGUGUUCCUGCGACCGAUAGAAGAUCUGUGGAGAGUAUUUAAAAAUUUCAACGAUGAGCAGUUAUUUGGAGCUGUAACACCUUUGUGGAGAAUCUUCAAUGACAAACCUUUCACCGAAUUUGAAAAGAUGGUCAAUUUUGCUGGACGGGGUUUCAACGCUGGUCUUCUGCUCCUCAAUCUUACGCGCAUCAGGAGCCAGGCUGAAAAAUGGCAGGCCGCCCUCCAGUCGGCCUUGGAAGUUGUUGCAUUUAAUGAACAGAGCCUUUUCAACCUUAUGAUGAAUUUGAAUCCUGAACAUUUCUACGAGAUGGACUGUGAAUGGAAUUUUCGUUUAGGCUUGUGCACCAACGUCACUCAUCGCUGCCCCGGGCUGGUAGCCAACGGUGUCCAUGCAGUCCAUGGAAAUGGCGGCGCGUUUUUCAAGGACAGAAAUGUAGUUUUAAAGAUUCUUCAUGAAUACUGGAGAGAUUUGGAUAUGUCCAAGUCGCUCAACAAUGUGAUUAGCGAAUUGAAUGCGAUUUUGCCUGACGCCGUUCUGAAGACUCCCCCAUGUGACUUGGUGGAAGGACUACAUGAAAUGCUGAUGAAACAUAUGAAGUUACUCGACGGCAAGCUGGAUAACUAAAUAUACGACUAAAAUGCUUAGACAUUGUUAAACUCUGAACUCCAUUCUACGCUGCUGGAAUCAUGAUAUUAAAUAGGAUAAUAUUUUGGUUUGUUGGCUUGAAUCUGUGCUUUGUAUUUUCAGCGACACCUGACAACCAAAUUUAUGGUUUGAUAGAGUUAUUUUAAAACUAUUCAGCGAAGUUGACUAUUACAUCCCACAUAUAACCUAAUUUUGAAAUAUUUAAAAAUUAUUCCUAAGUGGAAACCCUCCCAGUUAAUUGCAUAAAGAUAUGACCAGAGUUAUAUGCUAGAUAUAGUUAUAGUAAACAUUUCACUAAUACAGUGGAAUAUUUAUUCUCCAAUCAAAAACCUGCUAUUUAGUAGUUUUCUUAUAUAUCGUAGUAGAUGAAUAUUUUGCUUUAUAUUCAGUAGUCAUCAAACUUCUUAUUUAUAGACUGAAGUAAAUUGAAGUACUCUGCAAACAAAAAUUAGCGCUGUCUAGUUCUGUAUGGCGUUAUCAAUAUAUUUGACCACUUUCGUUAUACCUUGUUCUGUCGCGGACUCGAUUAGUUACUUAUAUUUCUGUAGUAAUCUAGCUGCCUAACGGUAGCCUUAAUUCGUAAGGUCCAAGGAAAUUGAUACUUCAAUGAACAUUUACUUCAUAAAGCCACCGCAAAUCCUGCACAUUCAGAAUUUAAUUAGAAAUAGUCCAUAUACAAGUGAAAUCAUAUAUUAUAUUUAUUAUUCUAAGAAGUUCAAAGGGACAUGGUUCACUAUUCCUAAUAAAAAUCGAUUGCA